AUGGAUAAAUCUGUUAUGCCCAAACCCUUUGUCAGCUCUACUCAUUGGUACGAGUCACUCCUCAAGUCUGUGCGUGGAGAAAAAUAUUCAAAAAAAGAAGCAGGAAAGGAGGCGAGUAUACUGUACGCUUACGAGCACGCGCUUCACGGGUUCAGCGCGCUGUUGUCCGAUGACGAGCUCGAAGCCCUCAAAAAAUCCAGCGCAUUCAUCUCUGCGUACCGCGACACUAGCGUCACGCUAGACACGACUCACACGUUCAAGUUCCUGUCCCUGAACAACUCGACCGGACUAUGGCCAGCCUCGGAGUAUGGUCGAGACGUGAUUGUCGGGGUUAUUGACACGGGCGUGUGGCCGGAGAGCCUAAGCUUCAGGGAUGAGGGUAUGACAGAGAUUCCGAGCAGGUGGAGGGGCAUAUGCGAGGCUGGGCAGGAAUUCAAUUCUUCAAUGUGCAACAAGAAAUUGAUUGGGGUGAGAUACUUCAACAAGGGUGUGAUGGCGAGUCUCGAUCCCGGUACAUCCCUGAGCAUGAACUCGGGGAGGGAUACAGAAGGGCACGGUACGCACACCUCGUCCACCGCCUGCGGGAACUACGUCCCGGGGACUUCCUUCUUUGGGUACGCAGAGGGCACAAUGCGAGGAAUUGCGCCUCGUGCUCGAGUGGCCAUGUACAAGGUGGUAUGGGAGGAGGGAUACUACGCCUCAGAUGUGCUUGCUGGGAUGGAUCAGGCUUUGGCGGACGGGGUGGACGUGAUAUCCAUCUCCAUGGGAUUCGAUCGCUUACCAUUAUACAAGGACCCAAUUGCCAUAGCAUCUUUCGCUGCGAUGGAGAGAGGAAUUGUGGUGUCUGCCUCGGCUGGGAACGCGGGUGAAGUUGGGAGUCUGCACAAUGGGGUCCCAUGGUUGUUGACUGUUGCUGCUGGGUCGGUGGACCGUUUGUUUUCCGGUAUCCUGCACUUGGGAAAUGGGGUGACCAUACAGGGUUGGUCCCUAUUUCCAUCUCCUGCCCUUGUCAGAGAUUUGCCUCUCUUCUACAACACCACCUUCUCAUCCUGCAACUCGACCGAUCUACUAUCCACGGCACGUGACGGGAUUGUCGUGUGCGAUGAUGAUUUUGAUGUAUUAAGCCAGAUGUCCUUUGUCUCGGAAUCAGGUGUCCGUGCGGGAAUCUACAUCUCGGGCGACUCCACAUUCAUACAAGAAACGGGUGAGUUCAUGUAUCCCGGCGUGGUGGUCAGCCCUAAAGACGGUCAGAGGGUGAUAGAGUAUGCCAAAAGAGGUGCGUGGCCGACCGCGAGCAUAAUAUUCCAGCAGACGCAGGUUGAGACAAGACCCGCCCCCAUGGUGGCAUCGUACACGUCAAGGGGCCCCUCCUGGAGCUGCCCGGGCAUCCUCAAACCCGACAUCAUGGCCCCCGGGACCCUUGUGCUGGCCUCAUGGAAUCCAAAUGUGGCGUCGACUUCCAUCGGAAGGAGCAUAGAUCUGAGCAGCGAUUUCGCGCUUCUCUCUGGCACGUCCAUGUCAUGCCCCCACAUUUCCGGUAUUGUGGCGCUCUUGAGAGGUGCACACCCCGAGUGGAACCCAGCAAUUGUACGCUCUGCCAUCAUGACUACGGCCAACCCUCUCGACAAUACCGGGAGCAGAAUCCGGGACGCGAGUUCCGGUGCCUAUGCCGACCCACUAGCCAUGGGGGCCGGGCAGGUCGACCCAAAUCGGGCGCUCGACCCAGGACUAGUUUAUGACUUAUCCCGACAGGAUUAUGUGAAUUACCUCUGCUCUAUGAACCUCACCAGGAAGCAAAUUAAAACCAUUGUGAGAUCCGACUACAACUGCUCAAUCCCGUCAUCCGACCUCAACUACCCGUCCUUCAUUGCCCUUUAUCCUUCUAACCACCAACCCAAGAUCGUGACCAAGGAAUUUCAAAGAACGGUUACAUACGUGGGCGAUGGUAAUAACCCAGUCGAAUUCCAUGCCAAGGUAGAUGCCCCCAAUAAUACUAACAUUCAUGUUUGGCCACGGAGAUUGAUUUUCAACAACAAAUACGACAAGGGAAGCUAUAACUUGACCAUUCGCUACAAGCUGCCCCCUACAGCUCAAGUCCUACACGGUUAUCUCACCUGGAUAGAAGAGAGUGGCAAGCACAAAGUUAGAAGUCCCAUUGUGCUUUCUCAUAUGCCUCAUGAUUUUACUAUCUAG